UUCUCAAGCGAAAGCGUUCGUGUUAUUAUCGUCCUACGGUGCAUCGUCCAUCAAAACCAUUUUGUGUAAGCAUAUCCUAGCAACCAGUGAUAGGAAAAAAACAUCGUGAAAGUAGUGAAAAUGUCGAUCGUACCGAUUUUCUUCCGUAACUGGUGGGAAGAUGAGUGGGACCGGCCUUUGCGUAGCUCUCGGCUUCUCGACCAGCACUUUGGCAGUGGAAUUGGUGGUGACGAUUUGCUGGGAGCGUUGGCCGCCGUCACAGAGCCACGCCAUCGCAGACACCCUCUAAACCAUCAUCACCACCAUCACGGUUCAGGACGUUACGUUCGCCCGUGGCACAGCUCCUGUGUGGCCAACAAACGGGACAGCGGCUCGACGGUGAAUGUGACCAACGAUAAGUUCCAAAUCAAUCUGGAUGUGCAGCAGUUCGCCCCGGAGGAAAUCUCAGUGAAAUACGUGGACAAAAGCCUGGUGGUGGAAGGAAAGCAUGAGGAGAAGCAGGACGAGCAUGGAUACAUUUCGCGCCACUUUGUACGCCGCUACACGCUGCCGGCUGGCCACAACGAGAACCAGAUUGAAUCCUCGCUUUCGUCGGACGGCAUCCUUACCAUCACAUGUCCUCGUCUGGCCAUCGAGAAAAAGCCCGAGAAAAGCAUUCCCAUAACGCACACCGGAAAACCAUCGAAAAUGGCUGUCGAUCAGCAGCCGAAUGGUGCACAGGAAACCAAAGGAAAAUGAACUGUUUGAUAUGGCUCAGUAUUUAAUUAUGUCUGCUUUUGUUCUCAUAGUUUGUAAUAAAAUAUUAUAAAAUAUCACUCAUUCCAUACACAACCAA